AUGACGACUCUGGAAAUUCCUGACACGGUCCCCCCUUAUCAUGAACGCGCAUCAUCAUCGACAUCUGUGGCAGAAACUGCCGUUGAUUCAGAAGAAAAUGCAGAACCGUCUGUCCCCAAAGACAUUCCAAGAACCAUUCCUCCACAGCACGAUUCUCGUACGCUGGUGCUCUGCUUUGACGGUACCGGGGACCAGUUCGAUGCCGAUAAUUCGAAUAUCGUACAACUAUGUUGGUUACUGAAGAAAGAUGACCGCUCGCAGCAGAUGGUUUAUUACCAGGCAGGAGUUGGUACCUACACACCGCCUCGAAUUCCUGGCCUUAUCACAUCGAAAGUGUACAAGGUGCGAACUGCCGUCGAUUUGAUGAUAGCGUGUAGUCUUGAUGCUCAUGUCAUGGACGGUUAUCAAUUCUUGAUGCAAAAUUAUCAUGCUGGUGACCGCGUAUGUAUCUUUGGCUUCUCACGCGGCGCGUACACCGCUAGAAGUCUCGCCGGGAUGAUUCACAAAGUAGGUCUACUCCCACCGGAUAAUUUCCAACAAGUACCCUUUGCAUACCAAAUGUACACCCGAACGGAUGAGAUUGGUUGGUGCCAAUCUACGGCUUUCAAGGAGUCGUUCUGCGUGGAUGUUCCCAUUGAAUUUGUAGGAGUAUGGGACACCGUUGAUUCGGUCGGCCUCGUUCCUAAACGAUUGCCCUUUACGGCCUCCAAUACGAUCAUUAGGACCUUUCGACAUGCAGUCUCACUGGAUGAGCAUAGAGCAAAGUUCAAAGCGAACCUAUGGAAUCUGCCGACGACCAAAGAGAUGCAGCUGGGCACUCCGAGCUCAUCGCGGUACAGUUCGCGUAAGAAUACGGUGGAUAGACCGCAGCACGUACAUGGAAUGAAGUCUGGAAUUGAAUGGCGUCCGGACGAUGAGAGGUUCUUGAGGAAGAUGGAGGAGCUCCAUGCUUCUGAUUUCGCGCAGCCUACUGAUGUCGAGGAAGUCUGGUUUGCUGGAUGUCAUUGUGACGUAGGGGGAGGCUCCGUGAAGAACUCGACGCGCUAUUCCUUGGCACGAAUUCCGUUGCGAUGGAUGAUUCGAGAGUGCUUCAAAGCGCAAACAGGAAUCAUGUUCGAUUCUGAUCGCCUUAGAGAAAUAGGCCUCGAUCCUGCAACCUUGUAUCCUUCCGUUAAGCCACGACCACGGGCGCUAUCAGUGAAGUCCGCUAUAAUACAGAGGGAACCAAAGAAAAAACCACUGUUCGAGAGGAUCCUAUCCACGUUCCGGCGCCUCCCUCCAGCACUGCCUGAUACUCCUGACGAGGGUCAAACUUUGACUCCCGAGACUCUGAGUGUUUCAAUGGAUGAUGAACAGUGCCCGCCAAUCGGGACAGAGGAGGAGGAGGAACUCGGGGACGUAUUGUCUCCUAUAUACGAUCAGCUCAAACGUUCGAAGUUGUGGUGGAUUCUCGAGCUAAUGCCCAUGGAAUUCAGACGGCAGACGGGGAACGGCGAGUGGGUGUCCUGGUUUGGCAUAAACCUUGGCCGGCCUCGAGAGAUCCCUAAUUCAACCAGUGGAAUCAAGGUCCACCGCAGCGUUCGAAUGCGGAUGGAAGCCUGCCGUGGGCAUGAUCGUGGAAAAUAUCAGCCUAAAGCUCAAUUCACCAAUCCAAUAUGGAUAGAUGACGAUAUUUUUUCCGAAACUGGCCAGCGGGAAUGA